GUCAUCUAAUAGAGUUGAGGUGUUAGCUUUAAAGAGUGUACAGCAAAACUGUCUGGAAUCUGGAGGAGUAAAACGCAGAAGAAGGGAGAAGUAAUUUAACCCUAAUUCUACAAGCGAAGAAUCACAAAGAGGUAUAUCUAUUUAGAUGGAAGAACUCGGCACAAGUACGGGUAAUUUUAUCCUACCUUGAUUCUUGACAUAUACAUUGUGGGUCUUAAAGAACAAUUGGGUAGGUAUAACAAAUUAGGAAUAGUUGGCAGAACCAGUACUUGCAGUGGGCGAAACUGAAAAGAGAGUCGAGAAAGGUCAAUUCAUUAGCUUCUUGUUACAUCCAUUUCACUGUCUGAAACAAAAAUUGCUAAAGGGAAUGAAUUCCAUUACGUGUCGUAUGUUGUCUCAAGCCCGUUUACUUGUUUCCUCAAACUACUGCAAGUCUAAGGCGCCAUUGACAUGCUUAAUCAGUACUCAAGCUGAAACUCUUAGAAGCUCAACUUGUCAAGUUAGUAAGCCAGUUCGAGAGCAUUUGAGAGUUACAUCUAAUAGUAAUAGUAGAUUUUAUGGAUUUCGUAAUUUUUGCGCAGCUGCAAAUGAUUUAUCGACCAAGAAGUGUGUCUCAUGUAGCUCGAAGGAUCUUCGACCCAUGACUGAAGAAGCUGCUAUGAAGCUUAUUCCGGAGGUCCAGGGAUGGAAUUUGGUAAAUGAAGAAGGUACUUUGAAGCUGAACCGCUCAUGGAAAGUGAAGAACUUUACUAAGGGGUUGGAAUUGUUUAAGUUGGUGGCAGAUAUUGCAGAAGCAGAAAAUCAUCAUCCUGAUCUCCAUCUUACUGGAUGGAACAAUGUGAAGAUUGAUAUUUGGACACAUUCUGUUAGUGGGCUGACUGAGAAUGAUUUCAUACUGGCUUCAAAGAUCAACACCCUUGAACUGCAACAUUUAUUACGAAAAAAAAUGAAAGGUGUCAGCAACAAAGCAGAAGAAUAGAACUUGAUCGACCCUAGGCUGUAGUUCAAGAAACUUAGUUUGAUCAUCUACAGGUAUGACACCACUUGCCCUGUAUUUUUGCUAGUCUAAUCAAUCGUAUGACUGCUUUAUGUGGUUCAUUUCACUACCUAAGAAGUGUCGAUACAUUUUGUAGUAACUAAUAAUACCUGUAUGGAUUUAUCUUUCUUUUUGAGAUACGAAGUGUUUUGAUAUCCUUAA